AUGACCAAAUCUCUAACCGUCGGCGUCAUUGGCCCCGCGGGCUUCACAGGCUCCCACCUCUGCGUCGAGCUGAUCCGCCGCGGCCACCACGUCAUCGGCCUCUCCCGCAGCCCAGAGAAAAUCGGCACGCACCCGCUCUACACCCCGCGCAAACUCGACGUCGACUCCCAAACCAUCGACGAGCUGGCCGCCUCCUUCAAAGACCUCGACGUCCUCAUCAACGCCUACGGCCCGCACACGGCCGGCGCCGGCGCCCUGAAAUACAUGCCCUUCCUCGAAGUAACCCGCAAAAUCAUCCUCGCCACCCGCGUCGCCACCCGCCCCUACCUCAUCCAAAUCGGCGGCACAGGCAGCCUGCACAUCCCGGGCCGCAACGCCUCGUUCCAGACGGUCGCCGAAACCCCGGACUUCUGGCUCGCCUACCGCCGCGGCAUCGCCGACAGCGCCGCGCACACGGCGUACAUGGAAGAGCGGCUCGGCCCCAUCGGCGCGCGCCUGCGCUCGUACCGCAACGCCCGCAUCGCCGCCCGCACGGGGACAGCGACGGCUGAGACGGAGAAGGUGAUUCGGGAGGUGGAGGAGGGGAUUAGGAGGGGUGAUGAUGCGGCGAAGGAGUUCGUGACGGGGGCGCGGACGAGUUUUAUGUUUUUUGAUGGGAAUAGGGCGUUUGACUGGACGUAUGUGUCGCCGCCGGCGCUGUAUCGGGCGGGGAGGCGGAUGGGGGGGUAUGAGUGGGGGGUGGAUUACUUGCCGUUGAAGGGGGAGGACCCGAUGGAUGGGCGGGUGUUGGAGGGGAGGUUGCAGGGCAUUUCGGCGGCGGAUUUGGCGAUUGCGGUGGCGGAUGAGGCGGAGGGGAGGGAGAGGGUUGGCAGGCAUUGGUCGGCGUGGGUGGCGGAUAUGGGGGAUGAUGAGCCGGCGCCGAGUUAUGUUACGUUGGCGGAUGUGUGA